AUGAAUAAGCUUUUAGAUCCUAAUAAUCAUAUCACUUUGGAACAUGUUAAGAAUAUUAAUGAUAUUUGGAAGCUUGUAGUAUCUGAGGAUCACAUAAGUGACAUAACUUUCAUAGAUUUAAUUAAAGUGAGGUGUAAUAAACUUAAUGAAAUUGAUAGAAGUUUGGGAAUAGAUAAAAAUGUUAAAAAGCAACAUUUUGGUAGAGAACAGUCUAUUGACAAAACGCGCAUAUCAAAUACUUCAAUCUGCAAAGUCUUCAAAAUCAUAUAUAUUUUGGAGCUAUUAGCUAUUGCUAUUGCUAUUGCUAUUGCUAUAGCUAUUGCUAUUGCUAUUGCUAUAGCUAUAGCUAUUGCUAUUGCUAUAGCUAUAGCUAUUGCUAUAGACGCAAUAUCGCAAUAUUGCUUCUUUGAUAUCAUAGAAUAA